UUGGUUUUGAUUUUGAUGGAUUCGAAGUCGUCGCUUCAUCCGGCUCCUACAUAUUUCCCAUUGGAGACGCAUUGGGAUACAGAUGAUGACGCCCCUGGCCCUCGUUGUGGCCAUACUCUUACAGCCGUUGCCCCAACCAAAUCUCAUGGACCUCGUCUUAUUUUAUUCGGUGGCGCUACCGCCAUUGAAGGUGGCGCCUCCUCCGCCAACCCUGGCAUCCGAUUAGCAGGGGUGACGAAUUCUGUUCAUUCGUAUGAUCUUCUUACUAAAAAAUGGACCAGAAUGCGACCGGCCGGGGAAGCCCCUUCACCCAGGGCUGCUCAUGCAGCUGCUGCUGUUGGAACCAUGGUUGUAUAUCAGGGUGGCAUAGGCCCUGCUGGGCAUUCGACUGAUGAUCUUUUUGUGCUCGAUUUGACUAAUGACAAAUACAAAUGGCACAGAGUUGUUGUUCAAGGGCAGGGUCCUGGCCCUCGUUAUGGCCAUGCCAUGGACUUGGUUGCCCACCGAUACCUUGUUACAGUUAGUGGAAAUGAUGGAAAGAAAGUGCUUUCAGAUGCCUGGGCAUUGGAUACGGCUCAAAAACCAUAUGCAUGGCUGAGGCUCAACACGGAUGGUGAUAAACCUUCUGCUAGAAUGUAUGCAACAGCUAGUGCCCGUUCUGAUGGUUUGUUUUUGCUUUGUGGUGGAAGAGACUCCUCAGGCAUGCCCUUAUCAGAUGCUUAUGGAUUGCUGAUGCAUAGAAAUGGACAAUGGGAAUGGAAUCUUGCACCUGGAGUUUCGCCAUCAUCAAGAUACCAACAUGCUGCGGUUUUUGUUGGUUCUAGAUUGCAUGUCAUAGGAGGUGCACUUAGGGGAGGGCGGGUAGUCGAGGGUGAAGCAGCCAUUGCAGUGUUCGACAGUGCUGCUGGAGUUUGGUUGGAUAGGCAUGGCUUGGUGACUUCUUCACACUCUAGCAACGGGCAAACUGAUGAUCCAUCUUUGGAGCUCAUGCACCGUUGUCGGCAUGCCAUUUCAUCUGUUGGUUCUCGUAUAUUUGUGUAUGGUGGUCUCAGGGGAGAUGUGUUGUUAGAUGAUUUUCUUGGAGCAGAGAAUUCACCCUUUCAUUCUGAUGCCAAUAAUCCUGGAUUAACAUCUGAAAGGGGUUCAAACAUGACAACUUCCAAGUGCACAUUUGAUCCUAUAUCGCAUGAUGACGGACCUGAAAGUACCUUGCCUGCUGACUUAAGUGUGGACAAAGAAUCUACUCAUAGGCUGGCUGAAGCUAGUGCUCCUAAUUCCGUCUGGCAAGCUGCACAAACGCAUAUGGCAACUCCAAAAGAGAUGAUGAUUUCAAGUGCUAACUCACAAGUUGCAGGGACCAAUUCAGAUGGUAGUGAUAAACCACAAGAUGUGCAACUUCACCCUAGAGCUGUUGUGAUUGCUAGAGAAGCCAUAGGAAACAUGGGUGGGUUGGUAAGGCAGUUGUCCUUGGAUCAUUUUGAAAACGAGAGUAGACGUAUGAUACCUUUUCAUAAUGACAUUUCGAAUCCUGCUAAAAGGUUCAUGAGGCAAAAAUCACCUCAAGGCUUGCAUAAGAAGGUCAUUUCUGCUUUGCUUAAGCCUCAAAACUGGAAACCCCCUGCGAACAGGAAGUUUUUUCUCGAUUCUUAUGAAGUGGGAGAGCUUUGCUAUGCUGCCGAGCAAAUCUUUAUGCACGAGCCAACGGUUCUUCAGUUGGGAGCUCCGAUCAAAGUGUUUGGUGAUCUACAUGGACAGUUUGGUGAUCUGAUGCGACUAUUUGAUGAAUACGGCUUCCCUUCCGCUGCUGGAGAUAUAACAUAUAUUGACUAUUUAUUCCUUGGAGAUUAUGUUGAUAGAGGACAACAUAGCUUGGAGACCAUCACUUUGCUACUUGCUCUAAAGGCAAGCUUGAUUCAUGAUCCUGAAAACUUUCACUUAAUUCGCGGGAAUCACGAGGCCGCUGAUAUAAACGCGCUCUUCGGUUUCCGUCUCGAAUGCAUCGAGAGAAUGGGAGAGCAUGAUGGGAUAUGGGCAUGGCAAAGGUUCAAUCAACUAUUUAACCAUCUUCCACUGGCAGCACUUAUUGAAAACAAGAUUAUAUGUAUGCAUGGUGGCAUAGGGAGAUCCAUUCAUUUAGUUGAACAGAUUGAAAGACUAGAGAGACCCAUAACCAUGGAUGCAGGAUCUAUUGUCUUGAUGGAUUUGCUGUGGUCCGAUCCCACGGAAAACGAUAGCAUGGAAGGUUUAAGACCAAAUGCGAGGGGACCUGGUCUCGUUACUUUCGGGGUAUGUAUGUACCUUUUCGUGUUAGACGAUGGCUUAAUAUUCAUUUUAACUUGCACAUUAUGAAUUUUAUAUUCACCAAAGGGCCUUUGGCCUAGCGGUAUC